CGGCGCCUGUCCCAGUGGGCGGGCUCCGGAGCGGGGCUUCUUGGGGGCGUGGCCCCGCGCGGGCUGCGCGGCUGCGCACUCCGGCAGCGCUGUCGCCGCGGUGAGAGGGACGCGAUGGCGGGACCCGCGUGGAUGUCCAAGGUCUCUCGGCUGCUAGGGGCGUUCCACAACCCAAAACAGGUGACCAGAGGUUUUGCUGGUGGUGUUCAGACGGUAACUUUAAUUCCAGGAGAUGGCAUCGGCCCCGAAAUUUCAGCUGCAGUUAUGAAGAUUUUUGACGCUGCCAAAGCGCCCAUCCAGUGGGAGGAGCGGAACGUCACCGCCAUUCAAGGGCCCGGAGGGAAGUGGAUGAUCCCUGCAGAGGCCAAGGAGUCCAUGGACAAGAACAAGAUGGGCCUCAAAGGCCCUUUAAAGACCCCAAUAGCGGCUGGCCACCCAUCCAUGAAUUUGUUGCUGCGUAAAACGUUCGACCUCUAUGCAAAUGUCCGGCCGUGUGUCUCGAUCGAAGGCUAUAAGACCCCUUACCACGACGUGGAUAUUGUCACCAUCCGAGAGAACACGGAAGGGGAGUACAGUGGGAUCGAGCACGUGAUCGUGGACGGGGUCGUGCAGAGCAUCAAGCUCAUCACCGAGGAGGCGAGCAGGCGCAUCGCCGAGUUCGCCUUCGAGUACGCCCGGAACAACCACCGGAGCAACGUCACCGCCGUGCACAAAGCCAACAUCAUGCGGAUGUCAGAUGGGCUUUUUCUGCAAAAAUGCAGGGAAGUUGCAGAAAACUGUAAAGACAUUAAAUUUAACGAGAUGUACCUGGAUACGGUGUGUUUGAACAUGGUCCAGGACCCGUCCCAGUUCGACGUGCUCGUUAUGCCGAACUUGUAUGGCGACAUCCUGAGUGACCUGUGUGCGGGACUGAUUGGAGGUCUCGGCGUGACACCGAGCGGCAACAUUGGCGCCAACGGGGUCGCGAUCUUCGAGUCGGUUCACGGCACGGCCCCAGACAUCGCGGGCACGGACAUGGCCAACCCCACGGCCCUGCUGCUCAGCGCGGUGAUGAUGCUGCGCCACAUGGGGCUGGUCAGCCACGCCGCGAAGAUCGAGGCAGCCUGCUUCGCCACCAUCAAGGAUGGGAAGGUACCGCGGCCUCACAGGCUGGCCCCUGACCCGUGGCAAAACAGACACGAUGCAAAGUGCACCUUUUUGAUCCUUCCGACACGUUCGGAGUUUAACGAAAGAUUUGGGAGGCAGUGCGAAAUGCUCCGACUUCACAGAAGAAAUCUGUCGCCGAGUGAAAGACUUAGAUUAAGGCUUCUGCAGGAGCUGUCCACACCAGUCACUCUGGACAGACCCACAUGGCCGUGUUAGGACACACACCCCGUUCCGCGUGCGCUUGGCUUGCUUGUUUCCUGCCCGACUACACGCUAGAUCUGGCCUUUCCGUAAAAAUCUGUGCAAAGGAUGCAGAUGAUGUCCCUUGGCCUCCUUUCAAAGGACUUUUUCCAAAUGCUCGUUUUAUUUGUUAAAUGUCUAUUUGGUUAUUUGGUAUACAUUUUUUGUAAACUCUAAGCAGACUGUAUUGUUUGCCAUUGUGAACCAUUUUACACUUCAGUUAAAAGUUUUUCCUUCGCUGUAAAUACGAUACAGAAUUAAUAAGAGAAAACUUCUAACUUUUUAAAGAGAAAGUUUUCCUUGGUUUACGAAAAAUAUAAUAGACAUAGAACGGUAUUGAUAUAAUAGCACCGAUGACAUUCUUAUCAGUGGACGGGCACGAGAGAAGUUUCCUAGGAAAAGGCUCACACUCAAAACGGAGUACAGCCUAUUUCUUAGUGACAUGGAAAAUUAAGACAGAUUUGUCCUUUAUAUGAAUUACUGAAUAUGAAUAAAGACUCCAGAUCAAAGAAA